CAAUUUCUAUCAAUCAUAGCCAUGGCUAUCUCCCUCUGCUUGUGCCACGCUGUCUGAAAUGACCCGCGCUUGUCUCAUGAUAGGGAUGCGUGCAAGGAGGCUGCCAGCAGUAGACGACUGACUGACUGACCAACUCCAUACAUACGCGUUUGUUGUACGAUUCGAUACGAUUUGUACUUAGGAGGCACCAAGUGCCUGGAACGGGGGUGGGUGACCUGGCGCUUCUCCCUCCCGCGAGAUUCCAUGCGACCUUCGCGAGUGCCUGUGCGAAAUGUCUUCGCGAACAGAUAUUCUCGGCAAUCGAGCAUUUCUGCUGCUGGUAGUCUCAGCCGUGCUCGCGUCCUAUUGGCUGGUCACCGACGACAGCACCAGCCAGAACGACCUCCUGCCCGGAGAAAACUUUCCGGGGGGAAAUUACCCUGACAACCUAUCUGAAAAACCAUCAGUAAGAUCACAUCGAUCUUCAGAAGAAACGGAGACCGUACCUGAGCAGCGCGAAGCUUCUCAGGUACUGCGUGAUUGGGGGUCCAGGCAACAUUCAAGGUCCUCCCGUUACUGUCACCUGUACCAAGGUCGAUGGGUGAGGGACGCGACGAAGCCUACCUCUCGUUACUAUCACGGCGAGGACUGUUUCUGGAUCUCGAACUGCAUGUGGGAAAAAUUCAACUGCCGCCGCAUGCAACGGCCACGGAGAGAUGAUGGGCCCAGUUACAGCAACCGACAGAGCAAGCAACACCAGGAUGCAGCAUCCCACGACGUUGACUCGCAAACGCGACGGCUGCUAGAGCAACGGCAGCAGGAGCUGGAGGCGGAGCGAGGGGAUCGUUUAGACGCGCAUAGUGUAGGAGCGAGUGCAGGGGAGAAGCAGCAGAAAGAGCAGUUGCAACGCGUAGAGCUGCACGGGAGGCAGCAGGAGGAGCAGCAGGAUGGGAGAAGAAACAGAAGGGGCCAAGAGGAGGAAGAGGGGGACGGCAUGUGGCGGGGCUUUGCGUUUGAGGAGUAUCGGUGGCAGCCGGACGGGUGCGAUCUGCCGCCCUUCAAUGCCUCGGAUUUCCUCACCAGGUUCCGCCACCGCACCAUUGCCUUCGUGGGCGACUCUCUGAGCCGGCAGCAGUUCCUCUCUCUGCUCUGCCUGCUCGCACCACACCCGCACGUGCUCACCUGGGAGCAGGCCCAGGGGAUUGACCCAGCCAAUGAAGUCAAUCCUGGCAAUGCCGCCCAGCAGGGCGUGCAGGUGCAGGUGGUGAACGUGGACUUCAGGUUCAACCUCACGUGGGGCCCUGCCGUGCUGGGCAUUGCGAGGGGCGCGGCGAUAUGGCUGCCCGGCAGCAACACCACCAUCAUCCAGCGCACCUCCAACCUGCUGUGCCGGGAAGAGCUGCUGCCCACUGAUGUGGAGCAGCUGGGGGAGGGGGGGGCAGGGCGGCAGAGGCGGUUCUACCGGCGCGUUGUGCACGUGUACGAGGCGGACGAGUGGCUCACGCACAACCUGCUCAGGCUAGACGUGGUUGUACUGAGUACCGUCAACCACUGGAGUGCACAGAGUUUCAUAGCCAACCAGUUCGCCGUCAAGUCUUCGCCAGCCGCCCGCCCGUUCAUGCCCUCCGAGGGUCAACUCAAGUCAACAGCUUUCCUGGCUGACCUUCGAAGGCAGGCUCUCGUCUCAGUCAUGCGCUCUCUCGCCCGCACCGUUGCUGAGUCAGCAGCCGCUACUGCUGAGUCAGCUACCCCGGCCACUGAGUCAGCUCGUGUCCCUCUACCCGUCAUCUUCCUCCGCUCUGCCUCUCCCGUUCACUUCACUGGGGGUACCUUCCAAACGGGUGGUCGCUGUGACAUGUAUGAGGAGCCCCUAUCACCCGCUACAGCCUGCCCACAUGCUGCCGAAUGCCGUGAUGCCGCAGCAGAGGAAGCUGUAGCAGCUGCCAGCACUGCUGUUCUUUCUGCCACAGAUAUCGCUGCUACAACCGGCCCUGUCACACCACCCUCGGCCACAUCUGUGCCCACCUCGGCCUCCCCUGAGCCCAUGGUCCCCUGGCUGCGUCUGCUGGACGUGUUCCCCCUCUCCAAAAUGCGAGCCGACGCCCAUGUUGUGGGGUUCUUCCAGGUUAAGAACGCCCCUGCUCUGCCACACCCGUUACUGUCACGCCCGGUGUUGUCACAAAUGCAAAUGCUGCCACCGGUAGAAUCACGGAGUGGGGAGUCACACCUGCAGGGUUCAGAAGAGCAAGCGUCCCCAUUGGCGGAGUCAAAGCCGCACAGGCGACGCCGGCUCGAGGCGGGAAGACCACAAGUACCGGGGAAUGGGUCUUCGAAGGGAGUGGGGUUGGCUGAAGCCCCCACACAGGAAUCACCAGACGCGCUGGUUGGUGCUGCUGCUCCAGCGAUGGCUCACUCGGGAGGGGUUAUCGGAGAUUGUGUGCAUUGGUGCUUGCCUGGAGUGCCAGACACUUGGAACGAGUUACUGUACUCAGAAAUGGUCCAGUCUGGGCUUUUCACGUCGAGCUAGUAUUGAUUAAUCCAUUCAUCGG